CAUCAACGUGGGAGAUGGAGCCCCAUGAGGAGGGUGUAGACGGUGGAUGAGCCACGAUCGUAGCAUUGUUAAAAAGCCAACGUGGCACAAUCUAUGACCACAGAUAUGUCUAAAUCAAUGGGGCCCACGAACAUAUUGCAUCCUUUUUCAGCUCUAUAAAUCACUUCAACUGCUCUCUAACACUUUUCACAAUGCUAAAACCACCAACCGGUCACUUUUGCAAGAUGCAGAACAUACGACAACAUAGAAACGUGCAUUAGCUUUUCUCCAGCUCAAUGUCUAGUCUCAUUCUCAAACGUUACUAGCAUUAUAGUGGACAAAAACGUCGUACACCAUGGGAAGAGCUCCUUGUUGUGACAAAGUUGGGUUGAAAAGGGGAAGAUGGACGGUUGAAGAAGAUGAGAUUUUGUCUAAAUAUAUUCAGGCCAAUGGAGAAGGUUCUUGGAGGUCAUUGCCUAAAAAUGCAGGAUUAUUAAGGUGUGGGAAGAGUUGCAGACUAAGAUGGAUUAAUUAUUUGAGAGCUGACAUAAAAAGAGGGAACUUUUCUUCUGAGGAGGAAGACACUAUUGUGAAGAUGCACUCUUCUUAUGGCAACAGGUGGUCCAUGAUAGCUAGCCACUUGCCAGGAAGAACCGACAAUGAAAUAAAAAACUAUUGGAAUUCUCACCUCAGUAGAAAAAUUUACAGUUUCUCCAAAGAAACAGAGCCAAGAAUAGUUGAUAUUCCUCCUCCUAAACGGAAACGUGGUAGAACAAGUCGUUGGGCAAUGAAGAAAAACAAAAGUAGCAAACAAAUUACUACAAUUGAACACGAAGUUUCAAUUCCAUCGCGUACUCCGUCACUAGACACUGAAAAUGAUACGAAAAAAUUAAUUGAUGACGUGGAAGUUAAAAGAACACAUGAAGAGGAGGAAGAAACAACGUCGUACGAAUUAAUGUGUGACGACAUUUUAGGACUGAGUGAAUUAUUAGAUGGCAUUAAUGAAGACAGUGAGGUGUUGCGUUUGGGUCAUGAUGACAUGAUGACAAUGGAAAAUAGUAAAAACUGCUUGCUGGAAGCAUGUGGGUCUGUUUUAAAUUUAAGUGAAGAGAGAGAAAAUAGCAAUAGUAAUUGUGUUGUGGUGGGUGUUGGUGUUGGUGUUGAUGAUGAAAAUGAAAUAACAACAAAUAAUGAUGGUGUUAUGUGUCUUAAUAAAAUUGUUUCACGCGAGGACACUUUAGAGAGUGGUAGUGUCAAUCAAAGUGGGGAAUGGUCUUCUAUGAAUUUGGAUUUGGAUGAUAAGUGGGAUUGGGAGAGUGUGAUGGAAUUUGAUUUUGAUAAUAAUAGUAGUAGUAGUAGUAGUGGUACUAAUAGGGGGCAUGAAGAAAAUCUUUUGAAUUGGUUAUGUGAAGAUGAUGAUUGGGAAAGUGAUGAUAUGUUGGGAGAAAUUGAUCCUCAGAAGCAAAAUGAUUUGAUUGCUUGGUUUCUCUCUUGAAACAUGGAUGAAACUAAUGUGUUUGUUUUCUUUGAGUUGUAUGGGUUUUUAGUGUGUAGUCUCUUUUUUACAUUAUUAGUGUUGAUUUAGUGUAGCUUUUUGAAAAAUUUGCCAUUGUAGAAUAAAUGAAUUUUAGUCUGUGAAUACAAAAUAAUAAAAUGAGUUGCGAUUUUUUUGGAUUGGAUUAA